CUGCAAGAGGACAUUGCGUUGCUGAUGUUGUGGUGUCACCUCUGGGCAGAGCUGGCUGAGGAUGAGGAGGAAGAGGAGGUGGAGAAUAAAGACCCGCCAAAAAAGCUCAAAAAGAAGCUUCCUAAAGACCCUCCCUCAGGAGACAGCCGGGAGAAGAAGCUGAAGCCGAAGGGAGACAAGAGUGACCCUGACAGCAAAGCCAGAUCUGCCAAAAGCACCAAGAAGGAGCAAAUGUCCGUGUUUCAGGUGAAGAAGGAGAAGAAAACCAAGAAGAAAGCCACCACCAGCAGUGAUGAGGAGGAUGAUUCCGACUCCAGCACCAAACCUAUCAGGUCAGAGAAGAAGAAAAACCCGGCGUCCCUCUUCCAGACUGGUGGGGAUCCCCCCAAGGAGAAAAAAUCCAAAAAGAAAGUUCCUCCCAAAGGGGCUGAGAGUGAGGAGGAGACCCUGGAAAGCCUGCAGAAAAACUCCAACAAGAAGGGGAAAGCAAAGAAAUCAAAGAAGCUGAAGGAGGAGAGGCCCCCAUCACCUGUCAUUGAGGUCGACAACCUGGAGGAGUUUGUGCUGCAGCCGGCACCGCAGGGGGUGACUAUCAAGUGCCGGGUCACACGGGACAAGAAGGGGAUGGACCGGGGGCUUUACCCCACCUAUUACCUUCAUUUGGAUAAUGACAAGAAGGUGUUCCUCCUUGCUGGGAGGAAGCGUAAGAAGAGCAAAACCUCCAACUACCUCAUCUCCAUCGACCCCACUGACCUGUCACGGGGAGGAGAGAACUUCAUUGGGAAGCUGAGAUCCAACCUGAUGGGUACAAGGUUCACAGUGUUCGACAAUGGUGCAAACCCUGACAGAGCCAAUGCUGACUGGUCCAAUGUGCGGCAGGAGCUUUCGGCCGUGGUCUAUGAGACCAAUGUUUUAGGCUUCAAAGGUCCCCGGAAGAUGACGGUCAUCAUCCCUGGGAUGAAUGCUGACGGUGAGAGGGUGCCCAUCCGUCCCCGAAAUGAUAACGACGGCCUCCUGAUGCGAUGGCAGAACAGAAACAUGGACAAUGUAAUUGAGCUGCACAACAAGGCACCAGUGUGGAACGAUGAGACUCAAUCCUAUGUCCUCAACUUCCAUGGCCGGGUCACCCAUGCCUCUGUCAAAAAUUUUCAGAUUGUUCAUGGCAGCGACCCCGACUACAUCGUGAUGCAGUUUGGGCGUGUGGCGGAUGAUGCCUUCACCAUGGACUACAACUACCCUCUCUGUGCUGUGCAGGCCUUUGCCAUCGCCCUCUCCAGCUUUGAUGGGAAACUGGCCUGCGAGUAG